CGUUGCUCGGUAAUUUUCCAAAUACGAUUGCAUUUUUAAUAGCAAGACCUUCACCAUACUAGGAUUAGCAAAUUCGCUUCGUUUGCAAGAUGAACUUUUUUCAAGACUGGAUUUCCUGCGAACUGGAUCUGUAUCAGGUGCAUAAGGACAGGGAAAAUUUGAGGGACAGAGAAAAAUGUCAGAGACCGAAAAACCAAAGGGCCAUACUUUACCAAAGGAUGAAGGUUUAACCAAUGGAGGAAACAAUGUUUCCAGUAACGUUUCAGAUGAGAUGACAGAGAAAUUCGACCUUGCCACAGUAUAUGUGUCAGAUGCCCAGUAUAACAGGAACAUCUUUUUUGGUACUUCGCCACAGGCUGUGAGGCUGUACCUGUUGUACAAUCACUUGUUCAUGCAGACGCUGGUAUAUGUGUUCAUCAUUAUAAAUCUUGCUCUGGCUCUCUUUGAGGAUCCUGCUGUUGUGCCACUUCCUAUAUGGGCGACUUCUACAAUUGAGAUCAUAUGUCUCUCUGCGUUCACUGUGCGGAUGGUACACUAUGCCAAAGUCAUUCCAAGGGAUAAAUUCUGGAAGGAUCCUAAAAAUAUCUGCAUCAUAGUCAUUGUAACGCUCUCUUUCAUAGAUUUGACUAUAUACGGGGCUCUGAAAGCAACAGGCUACUUUGCCAUCCGAUGGUCGAGGGUCUUAAGACCUCUUCUGUUAGUCAAUGUUACAGAGGGAAGACAACUGCGGAGGGCGUUCAGGAGUAUUCGGAAUGCACUGCCUCAGAUCUCCUAUGUUUUUCUCUUAUUCAUGUUCAGCGUGUUGGUCUUUUCUCUCAUGGCUCUUAAAUUGUUUGGGAAAAGGGGCCUUCUUACCAUUGAUGGUUCUCCAUAUUUCACUGACUAUUUGGAUAUUGUUUUCGAUCUUUAUGUUUUAGUGACCACUGCUAAUAGCCCUGAUGUCAUGAUGCCGGCAUACAACUACAGUGUUUUCUUCACUAUUUUCUUCAUUCUAUACAUUGUUAUCAACACAUAUACCUUCAUGUCCUUCUUUCUUGCUGUCGUUUACAACAACUACAAAAAGUACCUUAAGGAGGAAGUGCGGCAGCUGGUGAAGGCCAGAAGAUUUAAGAUGUGCCGGGCGUUUUCUUUGCUUCGGGAGACCUGCGGUGAAGGUGGAGAGCCUGUGGUGACCCAGGCCAAAUGGAACCAUCUGGUUAAACUCGUCAAGCCGAAUAUCAGUAUUGCUCACCAGGAAUUGCUCUGGAGCGUCUUAGAUGAUCAGAAUAAAGGACACAUAGGGAAGUUUGCAUUUGUCCAGCUUGCUGAUCUUCUGAGUAUUCAGGUGAUCACAGUGAAGUCACAGCCACACCCCAUUCAAAUCUGUUUCCCCUCCAUGUAUAAUUCCUCAGUCAGCAGAUUUAUUCGCAAUGUGGUUCAUCACAGAAUGUUUGUGUAUGUCUAUGACCUGAUUAUCCUAGUGAAUGCUGUAUUCAUUGGCCUGGAUGAGGAGAACCCUGUGGUCUCAAAUGCUGAGUGGGGUUUUCUGGCUCUUUAUAUGUUGGAGAUCAUUCUCAAACUGUACGCUACCGAGCCGCGGGCGUUCUUCGCUCGACAUCAUUUCUGGAACUGGUUUGAUAUCAUCAUUAUUGUGUCUGCACUCUUUGGCACUAUCAUUAACUCAGCACUCAAACACUCUGGAGGUUACACAAGUCGCCAGAUCUUGGACAUCGUUUUCAUCUUGAGAGUCCUCAGACUCAUACGCUUGGUGGAUUCCAUUAAGAGAUUCCGAGCCAUCAUCAACACUCUUAUUAAAAUUGGACCAACUAUUCUUACAUUUAGCCAACUCAUAGUGGUGGUGUAUUACAUAUUUGCCAUGGUUGGAAUGGAAUUAUUUAAAGGUAAAGUUCAGUUCUUUGAACCUAACUCUACAAGUCCUGAUCAAGAGUACUGUGGAAACCCUCUCCUUAAAGGAACCACUUUUGCUAAACUCAACUACUGCAAGAACAACUUCAACAAUGUGGUCUCUUCCUUCAUUGUCUUGCUGGAACUCACUGUGGUUAAUCAGUGGCAUGUGUUGACCAGCGGUUUCACGGCAGUCACACACGUUUCAGCCAGAAUUUUCUUUGUCCUUUUUCACAUUGUGGUCGUCAUUAUUAUAAUCAAUAUUUUUGUAGCAUUUAUCUUGGAGGCAUUCUUAGUGGAAUACACAGUUGACAAAAGUGACCUGCAAACUUCUCUGGAGAAAAAAAUAGAGGAGCUGGAGCUUAAUGUUCAACAGGAUGGUGUGGACACUGGUCUUGUAGAUGCAAUGGAAAGCAAUGACAAUGAACUGGGCCCUUCUGAAGCUGGCAAACAGAAGCCCUCCCUCAUGUUCAAGAUUGCUUCAAGAAGAUCCAGAACUGUGGAUGGACUUUUACAGCGGAUGUUUGAAACAGAUCUUCGUACUGAAGACUUCAACGAGGAAGAAGAGCCAGAAAAUAUCAGCUUCUCAAACCCUGCCUUUGACUCAGUAUAACCAACAUUUAAAAAAAAAAAACAUGUAAAUAUAUAAAUAUAGUUUGUAUCAAAGAUUCUCUUUAUGUAUGAUAUUUGAUAAGAUUUAUUAUAUAGACUUCGGUAUAUGGACCACUAAUAUUAAUUUUUCAGUCAUCAAAGAGUCUCAGGCUUGUGUGUAUAUAUAUUAUAUAUAGGCCUAUAAUAUUAUAAUGUAGCAUCUUUUUUUCUAUUUUGAAUAAUUUUGUUGAACAAAGGGAAAUAUACUACGUGACCAUCAGGGAUUGCUCCAGAGUAAAAUUUUGUACACAUAAAAUUGAAAUAACAAUAAUAAAAAUAUAGCUGAAAGCAGCAAGGAUGGGCCCAGGCCCCGGUGGCACCGUCACCACCAGUAGCAUCAGGAAAACGGUGCACAGCGGGCACAUGCGUUUAACCCUCUGCCAGUCUGGUUGUUGAGUUACAGCAAUGAAAGGGUUACUCUAGAAUAUCAAGAGUGUGGAACAGAUGCAGUCAUAGAAAGGGAAGGAUAUAUAAAACUAGUAUUGAUCUAUAAUUUUUUUAAUGAUUUUAAUGAUCUAUAAGCAUUUAUAAAAUAAUUGUAUAAAACUAUAUUGACAGUACAGUACAUUUCAACUGAUUUAAUGUAUUUAUUUGUCAUUCUAGUGGAUGGAAAAAGGCAGGCUUAAAAUAUUUUUUUCUCCUAUGACUCUAGUGGACAACCUUAGUAUUACAUCCGUCGUCUGUCAGUUGAAAUGUCUGAUAGUUUUUAAUUUGCUGGCCCCAGAGCAUCAGAAAUUCAUGAAAAUACGCAUGUUUGCUCAGAAUGACUUAUUCUCUGUAUGUUAUAAGUUUUGAGGAGUUUGGGCAAUGUUCUUUAAAGAUAUAACAAAAUUACUGUUUCCUUUUUUGCUUUUACUUUAAUCACCAUGGAAACACUGUGUCAAUAUACAGCCAUAUCGCUGCUCAUACUGUAUAUACAGAGAUACUUGAUUUUGUAGUAAGUAACAUUACUCUGCUGAUUUUAUUAUCUGAUGUUAAUUGCUUGUACAACAAUUAAAAACGAAUGGUGCUGUAGGAUCUUUCUUACUCAUAGGUUCUUUAUCCAGUUUCCAUACUGUCUUUUCUAUGAAAGUCCUGUUGCAACAACGACUUUUUCAUGACUGACAUAAGCAGAAUGAUACUGUGAUGACAAAUUAUUACAUACAGAGCCACAUUAAGACUGUAUGGGGCCCCUGAGCUUUACCUCUUGAG